CUUACACCUGUCCCCCAGACCCCAUCGGAGCCGUCCACGUCUCCCCUUGAAAAACCCAAGUCAGUGGUCCUUAUAAUGGGGUUUUGGCACCCAUCGAUCGGCCAGCGAAAUAUGGACGGUUCCGAUUUGAUACUUUCUUGGUGUUUGUGGAGGAUUUAUAUCCGGUAAAUGACGUUUGCUUCCGGCGAUAUGAGGCGGAGCCUUGUUAUUGAGAAGAAGAAUGAUCGCAGCAGAAAGCGAAUGAGAGUCCGACGGCUCAAGUACACGUGUCGGACAAAGAUCCGGCUGGACGUUAGCGGCGGCGACCAGGAACGCAGCUCCGGAGAUCGUCAAACUGAGAAGGAUGCUGGCAAUUCUGUGAAGAUAGUAUCGGUGUCGUUCUCCUCGUCGUUGGAGAACGACAGGGUCCUGUCGAGUUCUGGAGAUGAAACGAGGGACGGGAGUGAGAGGAGUAGCUACGGCGUCGUUUCGGUGGCGGGGAGGAGGAGGGAAAUGGAAGACGCGGUGAGAGCGGAGGUAGGGUUUGCGGUCGACGGGAAGUACGACUUUUUCGGGGUGUACGACGGGCAUGGUGGGGCCGACGUAGCGAGGGUUUGCCGGGAGAGGUUCCACGAGGUGGUGGCGGAGGCGGUGGAGAUGGAGGUGGUGAAGGGAGUGAAGGAGGAGGUUGAUUGGGAGAGGGUGAUGGAGGGGUGUUUUCGUAAAAUGGAUGAGGAGGUGAAUGGGAUCUCAGUAGCCAAGACGGUUGGGUCUACGGCGGUGGCUGCGGUGGUGACGGAGGAGCAGGUUGUGGUGGCCAACUGUGGUGAUUGUAGGGCAGUCUUGUCAAGAUCCAGUGGUACUAUUGCCUUGGCCUUGUCUAGUGAUCAUAAGCCUGAUAGAGCAGAUGAGUUGGAGAGAAUUGAAGCUGCGGGUGGGAGGGUGAUCAAUUGGAAUGGAAGCCGUGUUCUAGGGGUGCUUUCCACUUCCAGAUCCGUAGGUGACCAGUACCUGAGACCAUAUGUGAUUUCGAAACCGGAUGUAACGGUGACGAAGCGAACAGAGGAGGAUGAAUUCCUCAUCCUAGCUAGUGAUGGCCUGUGGGAUGUUAUAUCCAAUGAGGUUGCAUGUCAAGUUGUGAAGAAGGUCCUUCAAGGCAGAAUCAUGACGAGAAGGAUUAUUAAUCAUGAUCGUGAUCAUGUGCUCCUGAAUUAUGAAAGGCCGCCGGACAGUGCUACUAGUAGUAGAAUAUCUGAGGCAGCAGCAGUAUUGGCUGAGCUAGCUAUGGCCCGGGGAAGCAAAGAUAACAUUAGUGUCAUAGUAGUGGACCUCAGAAAAUUGCCUGACUAGCUAGCGGUUUUAUCUAUAUAUGCUUUCUGAUAAUCAUAUUGAUUUUUUGUGCCAGUUCUUGUAUAGAAGAUUCAAAAUUGAAGUUGAUUUUCAAUUAGAAAAACAAGUUGAGCGAUAUUGAUUUGCAAUUGUUCGAUCAAAAGGUUGACUACAUAUAUAGGGCAUGCAAUUUGAGUUCUAUAUCUGUUUUCA